UCCUGGCCCGGCUCGGCUCAGCUCGGCUCGGACCAGGACACACACACCCUUAUACACGUACACACACACUGACGGACAGACCGAGGAGGACAGGAGCAGGAGAGCGCGGGAGAGCAGGAGCGGGACCUGCAGGAUCCGGGUUCCGGCUGCGGGCUCCCGUCAUGCUGGGCACGGUGAAGAUGGAAGGGCACGAGGCUCCGGACUGGAGCGGAUACUACAGCGAGGAGGUGUAUUCUCCAAUGACAGGCGGUGGAAUGGGUUCUGGUCUCGGGAUGGGCUCCAUGUCGGGCUACAUGUCCAGCAGCGGGACCACGUCAGGCUCCUUCAACAUGUCAUACAGUGGGACUGGUCUGAGCCCCGCCCCGGUUGGGGGAAUGGGUGGCCCAGCCCCAACGGCCAUGUCGGGUUUGGGAGGGGGUGUAGCCUCAAUGGGCGGGACUCUGAGCCCAUCCAGUAUGAGCUCGGUGUCAGCCCAACAGGCCUCGAUGGGUCUGAACCCGUAUGGGGGCAUGAGUCCCACCAUGAGUCCCGGCAUGGCCUACGGUGGUGGCGGGCUGAACCGUGGCCGUGACAACAAGGCAUUCCGACGGAGCUACCCGCACGCCAAACCCCCCUACUCGUAUAUCUCACUGAUCACCAUGGCGAUCCAGCAGGCGCCCAGCAAGAUGCUGACGCUGAGCGAGAUCUACCAGUGGAUCAUGGACCUGUUCCCGUAUUACCGGCAGAACCAGCAGCGCUGGCAGAACUCCAUUCGGCACUCGCUGUCCUUCAACGACUGCUUCGUUAAGGUGUCGCGCUCGCCGGACAAACCGGGGAAGGGCUCAUACUGGACCCUGCACCCGGACUCCGGUAACAUGUUCGAGAACGGCUGCUACCUGCGCCGCCAGAAGAGGUUCAAGUGCGAGAAGAAGAUGUCGACAAAAUCAGACGGCAGGAAGGAGCAGGGGGGAGGAGGGGGAGGAGCAUCUCCCUCUGGGGACUCCAUCAAACCUCCAGGACUCCUGGACUCCUCCUCCCUGCCUUCCUCCAGCCAGACGACCUCGCCUCCCGGUCUGGACCUGCGGGGAGGCGUCGGCGGGACCUCGGACCUGAAGGUGUCCAGCUCCCAGCUGCUGUCCUCCCUAUCGUUACCCCCCCACUCCAUGGCGCAUGAGUCCCAGCUGCACCUCAAAGGUGACCCCCACUACUCCUUCAACCACCCGUUCUCCAUCAAUAAUUUAAUGUCGUCCUCAGAGCAGCAGCACAAACUGGACCUGAAGGCCUACGAGGCGCUGCAGUACUCCUCCUACGGCGCUGGGGGGGCCUCCGGCCUCGGGGGGAGGACCAUGGAGCCUUUGGAGGCAUCCUACUACCAGGGGGUGUAUCCCAGACCGCUCCUCAACACCUCGUAGUACCCGCUGCACUUCCUGUUUGGACUCUUACUCUCUGCAUGCAGCCGUUCUGGACUUCCUGUCUGACUGUGAUGAUCGACUCUGCUGCUGCUGGUCUGAACUCCUGCACUGUGACCAAACCAGGACACUAAGAGACACGUUCAAACUGAUCCCAGGUCUGUUUUCUCCUUUUACACACAGAGUCACAAACAACUACAGCUCAUGUUUCAAAGGUUCACAGUCCAGCAGUCACAUGCAGCACUGCUGCAGCAGGUUCCCUCAUGAUAGCGAUUUCCACCCAACAGUAGUCGGGACCCCAACAGGUCUUAGAGCUCAACAGGGUCCAACAGGAGAGUUAAAAAAAACACUGUUCGAGGUUAAAAAACCCCAUCUGAACAUAAAUAAAUAUCCAGCAUUCAUUCUGUCCAAUAAUAUAAAACAGGUUUUAGACGGAGACAGAAACUGGUUUGUUGGUACUAGUUGGUUUACUGGAUGUAUUUCAGCCUCGCAGUGACUCCAGAGCUUCAAGUUUAAUAUGAGAGUCAAGAACUGUUCACAGACCAGAACUCAGCCGAAAGACUGCAACUUCACUAUCAAUUGGUUUUUGGUAAUUUGAUUUCAAAUUAAAAAGGGGCCAGACAUCCCAACCUGAGUCAAGAUCCCCAAAAAAUCCCUACCUGGGGUUCUGGAGUCCGGAAGCCCCUACGUAUCCAAACCUGAGGGUCUGGACCCCCCGACAGAUCCCUACCUGUGGGGCUGCACUCCCAAAAAAUCCCAUCCUGAGGGUCUGGACUCUGGAACACCCUACAUAUCCAAACUUGAGUGCCUGGACCCCCCACCAAAUUUCAAUCUGAGAUUCUGGACUCCAGAACCCCCUA